CUAGUUAUUAGUAAGAUAACAUCACUCAAGAGGGUGUGGCUGGUGCACACACACACACACACACACACAUGCAUGCACACAUGCAGGUCAGGUUUGGUGGGUGAGCCAGCAGAUACAGCAGGAACUUUACACAGCAGGCCGUCUCCCAGAUGUGAUGGAAGCUUCUCUCCAUCCAGCCAGGCCAGGUUGAGGAAGCAGCACCAUGUUCUCGUCCCCGACUCCAUAUAAAAACCAGGGCUACAAUGUCCUAAAAAAGGAGUGUCUGGAGAAUAAGAAGCUGUUUGAGGAUUCGGAGUUUCCCUGCAACAACACGUCUCUGUUCUACAGGAACCCUUUAUCUGGGAGGGUGGAGUGGAAGCGGCCGAGGGAGAUAAGUGAGAGCCCUCAUCUUUUUGUUGAAGGCAUCAGUUCUCAUGACCUGAAUCAGGGGGAUGUUGGAAACUGCUGGUUUGUUGCAGCUUGUUCGUGUUUGGCUCUAAAACCAGACCUGUGGCAGAAGGUUAUUCCAAACUGGAAGGAACAAGAAUGGGAUCCCAAACAUCCAGAGCGAUAUGCAGGAAUAUUCCGCUUUAAUUUCUGGAUAUUUGGGGAGUGGACAGAAGUGGUUGUGGACGACCGUUUGCCCACCAUUAAUGGGAAACUGAUUUACUGCCACUCCAAAUCCAGCAACGAGUUCUGGAGCGCUCUGCUGGAGAAGGCAUAUGCCAAAUUGUCAGGCUGCUAUGAAUCUCUCAGUGGAGGAAAUACAGGAGAUGCUGUGGUGGAUUUCAGUGGAGCUGUAAAUGAACCUCUCAAUCUGGAAACAGGAAACUACCGCACUGACCCCAAAGCCAAGGACAAACUGUUCUCAGAUCUGCUCGAAGUGUACGAACGUGGAGGCAUCAUCAGCUGCUCUAUAGCGGCAUCUCCUCACGAACGAGAGUUACGUUUGGCAAACGGUUUGGUCAAAGGUCACGCAUACUCUGUGACAGAGGUGAAGAGGGUACGGCUGGGACACGGCUUCCUGGCCUUCUUCAAGAACGAAACCAUCCCUCUAAUCCGCAUGAGGAACCCCUGGGGGAAACAUGAGUGGAACGGAGCCUGGAGUGACAGCUCAGAGGAAUGGAAGAAGAUUGGGAAUUCGGAGAGGAAUAAUCUGGGGAUCACUGUGGCAGAUGAUGGAGAAUUCUGGAUGUCUUUUGAUGACUGGUGUAAGAACUUCACCGAAGCAGAUGUUUGUCGGUUGAUAAAUACGAGUAAGCUGAGUGUCCAGAAGAGGUGCCAUGAGGUGGUGCAUUUUGGGAAUUGGACAAAACACUCAGAUCCUCUGAAGAACCGGUGUGGGGGCUGCAUGAACCAUAAGCAGACAUUCCUACAGAACCCACAGUUUGUGUUGGAUAUCUCUGAAGAUGAAGAAGAGCUGUUGGUGUCACUUCAGCAGAAAGACAUGAAGAUCCACCGAGCUCGUGGUGCAGGUGAAAACCUCACCAUUGGAUUCGCCAUCUUUAAGGUGGAGCUGAACAGGAAGUACCGCAUGCAUGACAUUAUCACGCAGCAGAACGUCGCCACGUCCACGUUCAUCAACUCACGCUCUGUAUUCCUGAGGAAAGUUCUGCCUAAAGGUCGUUACGUCAUCUUCCCUUCCACCUUCACACCCAACGUUCUGGGAGACUUCAUGCUACGAGUUUACACCAAUCAGGAUGCAGGAUGCAGAGAGCUGGAACUGGAUAAACCCGUGAGCUGCUGGUCUUCACUCCGUGGUUAUCCUCAGCUGGUUACUCAGAUUUACAUUCACCGAGCGGAAGGACUGGAAAAUCAGGAUCGAAGUGGAGGUGCAGAUCCCUACGUCAUAAUUUACUGUGAAAACAAUUCGGUCCAGUCUCUGGUUCAGAAGGACACGCGAGAGCCGAUGUUCGACACCCGAGCCGUGUUUUACAGAAGGAAACCACAGAAACCGAUAACAGUCCAGGUCUGGAACAGUAAUGCUGUAAAAGAUGAGUUUAUGGGUCAGGUGGUUCUUCCAGCAUCUCUGAAGGAUUCUACAGACCCACAGACACUGAAGCUGAAACGAGGAGCAUCUCCAACAUCUGAGGACAUGCCGGGGACCAUCAGCGUCCGAGUCGUAACGUUCAGAGAGCUCACAGCCAUGUAGCACUGACACACACACACACACACACACACACACACACACACACACACACAGCAAAAACACACUACUAUAAAACACUACUAUUCACACUGGUUUCACAAAUCUUUCUUUGUAAAAUUUGGAAAUUACCAUUGAGGUUUAUUCCCAAGAGUCGAAUCUUUUCAGAUGUUUUGUUUAAUAAAAAAUGAGGGCUGUCAAAAUUAACGUUAUUAACACGUUAAUGCAAAUGAAUUUUAACAGCAUAAAUUUGAUUAGCGUGCGAUUAAUGCAGCGCACAUUUCUGUUUGACCAAUUUUAUUAAAAAUAUAAAUAAAUAAAAAUUAAAAACUUCAACACAACACAUUUAUUCACAACGUCCUUUCUUUACUCAGAUAUAUA